CGCUGUUAUACGACAUUGAAAAAGUAAAAAUGUUCACAAAUCCCGAUUGUCCACAAUUAUUCUUUAAGUAAAGCUGCAGGCUACAGUUGCGAACGUUUUAUCAGCAUACCAAUACUGAUUUUCGAGCCGAGGGCAUUGAAAAGAGGUACAGCUGUCUGUAAAAUUUCCGUUAUUUCCGUUAUAAGUUAGUCAGCAAAGCGUACGCUCGCGCUUCUAAUGUGCCCAUGUAAUUUAUUUCUAAGUGGAUCGCACGCACGGCCACGAAUACUGAUACCGUCACGAAUUCUUGCAAAAUAAUACAAUAAUGCACACCAGUUCAUCCGGGGUGAGUUUACCGCUGUUGCUGCUGCUGUUUUCGGCAGUUUCGGUUACCGGUUUCACCGAUGACCUGGAGACUGAAUGCGCCGUGCCUCCGCCUCCGCCCCCAAAGUUUUCUCCUUCCGACUUCCCCUUCCGCACCGACACAUUGACACGGGAAGAAUUCUGUGUGCGCUUCAUGAAGGAAACAGACUGUAACCAAGAGUGGGGGACACCUGAUUUUCCCAACUGUCUCAAUGCAUCCGAAGCAGAAUUCCGGGGCCAUUCAUAUGCAUCAGUGGCAACUUGGACUUACGUGGAAUUCAGCUGCGCGUCGGAAACACGGGAUCGUAUGAAAACACGAGCGGAGACAUUCCGCCGAAUCAGCCCGCGGCGCGCCAUCAGCAUUGCGUUUUACGCAGACCAUGAAGACAGGGAACAAUUUGAUCCCAUUAAUUUCGAUGUCGUCGACCCCAUCCGCAACCAGGUGAUACAAGUGGCAGUAAUGAGGUGCGCCACCGUACACACCACAGAAAAGACAUACAAGCUGGGCGAUCUACCGCAGGCACUUCUGUACUUCCUGGGUUUGCGUUGUACCAACUUGGUCAUCAAGAAAGUGCAUUUUUCGAGGAUGCCUCGAUUACGUCAGAUACACUUGAUGUCGGCGACCAUCGGCGAACUGGAGCCCUAUACGUUUACCGAUCUCCCAGAUCUGCAGUCAAUCAUUCUGGAGGACAAAAUUGGCAACAGUUUGGUGGCACGCGUGCAUUAUGCUGGUUUUUAUGACACCCGACUGUUGCCGGACGCCGCUGUCGAAAAUGUGCGCCGUCUGCACUGUGAGUGCUCAUUUGCUUGGUUUCGCAAUUUUCUCAAAAAGAAACCUUAUCUGAUUGAAGCCAAGCGAGAAGGCCAAGUGGUUACGAUGGGGACGUUUAAACUGCCCAGUAGUGAUGUUCUGCCACCGGGAACUUUCCGUAAUGUCAGUACCUUGAGUGCUAGAGAAGCAACGGCAAUGGACUGGAACCCGGUGCUCAGUGUGGACUGCGCUCACGAGUUCAACUGGAGAAACACACAGGCCGGCGACCAGAUUGCUUAUAAUACAUCCUGCUAUAAUUUGAACUGCUGAUAUCCACCAUAAAAUCGAUCCCCAGUGCGGUUACCAAUUCCGGCUGCAUGCAAAAAUGGAGAACGAAGCGACUUUACGACAUCAACCUAACAUAACUUCCAUUGUUGUUUUAUCUUCCCUGAGAUCUUUAAUUUUUGUUAUGAUCCAAAAAUUACUUUAUAUUGUAAAGGAAGCCGUUCGAAAAUUAAAAAUUGCAGUUG